CGCAGUCUAUAGUAAACGACAUGUAGUUAGCUUUAAAUUAUUUAAUCCAUUCAUGUUCGGAUCCUAAACCACAAACCAAAUAACAGGGUUGGAUUUGUUCGGUCUUGCAAGUCGUGAGUGGUUAAGAGCAUCCAAUUAUGGCGACAGUGAGUUCGGAAUCUCUCCCAGAAACUCAGCCAUCUGCCAAUUCCACUGAUUCUGAUACUGCCCCUAAACCUCAAGUCAUUUACCGCUGUAAAAGAUGUAGAAGAAUUGUUGCAUCGGAGGAGAAUAUUGUCCCCCAUGAGCGGGGAAAGGGAGAGCAAUGCUUUAAAUGGAACAAGAAAAGUGUUGACUCCAGCAAAAAUCAAGAGCCACCCGAAUGCUCUUCUAUAUUUGUAGAGCCCAUGAAGUGGAUGCUAACAGUACAAGAAGGUUUUGUGGGGGAGAAACUUCAGUGCAUGGGCUGCAAAGCGCGCUUGGGUUCCUUCAAUUGGGCAGGCAUGCAAUGCAACUGUGGAACUUGGAUCAAUCCUGCGUUUCUGCUUCACAAAAAUAAAUUAGAUGAAUGCCAUAUAUGAGCAAGAGCUGUUAUGGUUAAACGAGUAAGUUCUAGCAACCAUCAAAGGCAGAGGUUGCACUUACGCUGUGCUUGGAUGCCGAGAGAGACUUGCUUUAUUAAAUGCUUGCUACUUGUAGAAAUGUACUAGAAAUGGUGGUUCUAAAUUUUAAAUCUAGUAUUUUCU